AUGGCACCGUCAUACCCCCAAAUGGGGAAGCUUGCAUCUGCAGCGAGAACAAAGGGUGGCUUUGUUAAAAAGCUGCAAUCUCCCAAUUUGGGAGAUAGCCUAAACACUGCGUCAUCGGAUGAUGACAAAGACCUGCCACAUAUUGGUAGGACCUCAGGGACAAACCCUGAGGAUCCCAAAAACUUACAUGGGGUAAAUGCGGGGAACAAUACCCUUAGAACCCCAUGUGCCAACAUGAUCUCUCCUAGAAAGAGAGAGUUCUCACCACUGGGUGAGGAGGCAAACAUGCGCACAUCCUCAAGGGCUGGGUCAGACACGCCAAAAGAAGUCCCUGAGCCCCACUAUCCUCAGGGAACCUCUCACUUGGUGCAAGACACUGACAAAAACAGCAGUAACUCCUGCUGGCACAGGGGGCCGUUUGUGGCCCCAAGCAAUGUGGAAAAAUUGUCCACAUCGUCUCGAGUCACCCGCAUGACAUCCAGCUUGCAAGAUUGCAGCAAGCCGGUUCACUCCCAAGUCUAUUUGACUGGGAGUUACACAAAACCAUCAAACGAUCACUCCCACUGGCACAGGGAGCCGUUUUUGAUCCCAAAAAAUGUGGAAAAAUCUUUCACAUGUCCAGCAUCGUCUCGCAUCAAACGCGAGACGGAGCCGUUUGAAGUUCCAAAAAAUGUGGAAAAAUCGUCCACAUCUACGGAAUCGUCUCGCGUCAGCCACGAGACGUCCAGCUUGCGAUAUAGCAGCAAGCCGGUUCACUCCCCAGUCUAUGCGACGGGUAGUUGUGCAAAUCGAUCAAACGACAACUCCCGCCAGCACAGGGAGCCAUUUGUGAUCGCAAAAAAUGUGGAAAAAACUUCCACAUUGUCUACAUCGUCUCACAUUAACUGUGAGACGUCCAGCCCGCAAAAUCGCAGCAUGCUGGUUCACUCCCCAGUCUAUGUGACUGGGAAUCAUGCAAAACAAUCGAACAACAACUCCUGCUUGCACAGGGAGCCAUAUUUGAUUGCAAAAAAUGUGGAAAAAACCUCCACAUCGUCGUUACCGUCUUGCAACUAUAGUGAGACAUCCAGCUCGCCGCCUAGGCGUGAGCCGGUUCAAACCCCAGUCUAUAAGACUGGGAAUCAUCAAAAACCCUCAUGGGACGACCCCCGCUUGUGCAGGGAGCCAGUCCUGAGUGGAGGAAAUGUGGAAAAAACUUCCACACCACCGACACCAUCUCACAACCACUGUGAGACACUCAGCGCUCUGUCUGAGAACGAGUGUACACACUCCAACAUGGAUAUAAAGGCCAUGUCAUCCAGAUCGACACAGACUCACAGGUUGAGCUCACUUCCGGACUGUCCUCAGAUGGCCUCAGACCCAGUGUGGACACAGCAAAGGGACCAGGUCCCAUCCAAAUGGAGGACAGGAAGUGAUGAAGAACUCCUUCUCAGGCUAAAGGCCCAAGAAAUAAUAGGAGAAAAGGUCAAGGGCAGAUGCUCAGAGAGCACAGAGGCUCAGGGGAAGCCACUGCUGCCAAGGCCGAACCCAAAACUUUUGCCAAAAAAAGCGAAGUCACCAACUUCGGAUGAGGUCACUGAAGUCUGUAGGAGUGCAAUGUGGCAGAAGAAGGAGCCUAGUAAGGAGAACCCACAAAUGAGCAGGCAACCAUCAACACCAGGCCCCAUCUUAGGCGAUAAAUGGCCCUCCUUGGUCACUUCACCCAGGCAAAGGAUAAGUGGAAGUAACCUUCCGCAAAACCCCUCCAGUAAUGCUGGAGAGAACCAAACAAACCCUCGUGAAAACUUCACAAGGAAAACUUCCAGCAAAACAUUGCUGGAGGAUAACAGGCACCUCGAAAGAUGGUACCACAAGGCCACACGGAUGGCCAAACUUCUAACUUUCACCCCACACAUAGACAGGGUGAAGUGGGACUGGUUAAAUAAUGGUCCUACUCGACUCCCUGACAUGAAGUGGUCAGGCAAAAACGAUACAGAAAUUUUCUGGCAGUGGUACACCACACUGCUAGGAUUCCUCACAUCACAAGGAUAUAGAGGCACACACUAUGAUGAAAUCCAUCUGGAUUGUCUCAUUGGUGGAUUGGCAGAGCCUGCACUCUCACACGGACUAAAACUCCGUGAAGAAGCCCUCCUUAGAGAUAAAGGGGGGAAAUAUUUCUUGAAGUUCUCGAUAUUCUAA